GAGAAAGAGACCUUUCCAGUUACCAGAAAGAGGCUCAUCCUAAAAUAUUGCCGCAUUUUAUUCUUCUCAUAGAAGCAAGAACUCCAAGGAAUGAGUUCAGACAUGAAACACUGGGACUUGUUUACCUUCUCGUUCCUUCUUCUGAAUUAUAAUGUGACAAUUAUGGGAAAGAUUUGGUUAAUCUUGAUCCUGAUGAGACUGACCGUGAUAUUGCUUGGGCCGUAUCCUCUCUAUGAAGAUGAAUUGGGAGCUUUUGAGUGUAAUACUCAACAGCGAGGAUGCACAAGCAUGUGCUAUGAUGCUUUUGCUGGAGUAUCUCAAGUUCGGUUCUGGUUGCUUGAGUUGAUAUUGAUGCUCCUCCCUUUUGCUGUGUUUGCUAUCUACAUCUUGCACAGUGUGGUCAAGCAAGUUGUGGAGGUCUAUUCUUUGCCUUGUUCUUAUUGCAAACAGGCCAAAGUAUCUGCUGGCUUCACAGUUACAGAAAUAGCUUCCGAUGACACAACAAGGACCAGAAUCACUUGUGGGGCCCAUGAAUUGGCAAUUCCUGAUUUUUCACAGACAUACACAGUUCAGCUCCUCCUGAGAAUGAUAAUAGAAAGUGGUUUUCGAAUUGGCAAUUUGAAAUAUAAUUCCUUUGGCUUCUUUGUUGAGAAGUUAUAUAAGUGUAAUGUGGACCCUUGUCCGAAUCAGGUAGAGUGCUUUGUCCCCAGAUCGACUGAAAAAUCUGCCAUGAUUAUCGUAUUAUGGAUUGUCAGUGGUUUCUCCUUACUUCUUGGCUUUGUUGACCUGUUUUUGGUUGCUAGAAGUCAUAGAAAUAAGCUGGGGGAAAUUAGCAUGGAGGAAAAAUGCAGAAUCAGCAUGCACCAACAAGGGGAACCAAGCAGAGUUUUGUCCAACCUUGGGAAUGCUGAUGUCUCUGAGGAUUGUGGCAAUGUUCCCAUGGAAAGCUAUCAAAAGGAAUGCCACCCUGCAAAAGAUAACACCCUGUAAAAGCAGCCCUAAAUCUGUAUUUAGCUGGGAUAGAACCAUAAAUGUAUUAUACUUCCACUUAUGAAACCACAUAGAUUAUUUUUUGUACUAGUUAACACUUGCAUAUAAUAUUUGGAAAGGCUCAUUCUACAGGGGAAAAAAAGGAGGGGGAGCUG